AUGGAAGAUGCACCAAGAGGACGCGGUAGGGGAAGAGGACGUGGUCGCGGACGCGGCAGGGGAUUCAUCCCUGAGCAACCAAUUCCACAAGUAGCACCGAAUCGUAUUGCUGAAGAAAAGUUUCGUAAGGAAAAACCUCCAAUGUUUGAUGGUCUGGGUGAUCCCACAGACGCCGAGAAAUGGGUCAGGGCAGUGGAGCGAAUCUUCAGGUACAUCCGUUGCGAAGAUGAGGAUAAAAUACCUUGCGCAGCCUACCAACUGGUAGACGAAGCCAACUUUUGGUGGGAGUCGGUGAGGCUCACAAUGACUGAGGAACAGUGGGAAAAUUUCUCAUGGGAAGAUUUUAAGAAUGAGUUGUAUGAGAAAUACAUACCAGGAUGUUAUAGACAGAAGAAACAGAAUGAGUUCUGGAACUUGAAGCAGAGGGCUGGGACAGUGACUGAAUACGACAGGGCUUUUAACCAACUGUCAAGAUAUGCUCCACUCUUAGUGGAUACUGAUGAGAAGCGCACAGAGAAAUUCAGGAACGAACUGCGCCACGAGAUAUCGAUCUCCCUAGCAAGUCAGGGAGGUCUCACUUAUGCAUAA